CGCGUGUGUUUUAGUUAAAGUCCACGCGCGCGACGAGUACCUCCUCCACACCCCCCCCACGCUCUCCCACUGCCGAAUUUCACCUCAAUUAAAUACUUGAUACAAGUAAAGACGCGCUGGAGACAGAUGCCAAUCACAGAGAAAUAUCAGUCGCUUCCGGGGCUUGAUACGUGGUCGCCGGACGUGUUUGAGACUGGCGAUGGACCGAAUACUGAGUCUGACUCAAUACCGCUCGCUGCGCCAGAGCCCGAAAACGAGGAUAUAGACUACACAAACAUCUCGCCCAACGCCGCGCGCGAGCGAUUUCUAAACCGCGCGUUCAAACCCGACGACGAUGCCGUCGACAAUGGAGGGUUUAUUGCGCGGGAACCGGAGUCGCUCGAGAUGAAGAUCGAGAGGCUGAGGAAAGAGAUCUCGGAGGUGUCGGCUGCGCUUGAAGGGAAGAAGGAGGAGGGGGAGAGAGAGAGGGAAGUUGCGGAGAUGAAUGAGGCGAUGAGGACGAUUAUGGAGGCGAGUAGGAGCGGGUCUUUAAUUACGAAGAUUGCGAGUGAGCUUGCUGGCGGUGGUAGUAGCGCAAAGAGCGCUGAAGAACCGUCUGAGACACAGGGAUCUGUCCUCCCGAGCAGAGAAGAACAGAGCAUACCCCCCAAACCAACGAUCCCCGACUCCAAACUACUCGAUCUCGACGCGCGCCUCGCGACGCUGGAAAAAGCACUCGGCAGCACCUCCAGCAUUUUAUUCACAAACACGUUCCAGACCACAGUUUUCGAGCAGCCGGUUAUCCCCACGCUGCUGUCGCUGUCGCAGCGGGUGUCGGCGUUCACUGCAUCGCCGGAGAAAAUCAGCGCGCUUAUCGAGACUGUGAAUGCGCAGCAGAAGAGUGCGGCGGAGAGGGAGAAGAAGGUGGUGGGCAGUAGCGGGAGCAGGAGUACGACGACGACGACGAUACGGCCUUCGAGCGGGGACGUCUACGGCAACGCGGCGGAGGGUGAGUACCGGGAGAAGAUAGACCAGCUCUACGCGUCGUUGCAGAACGUGGAGAAGCUGGCGACGAUAGUACCGGGUCUGCUUGACCGGCUGAUGAGUCUACGGUAUAUUCACGCCGAGGCGGGGAACGUUGUCGGCAGCGUGGAGGAGCUGAGGAAGGAGAUGACGGCGACGGAGGGGUUGGUUGGGAAGUGGAAGGACGCGGUGGACGGGGCGGAAAAGCGGCUUGACGCGCUCGAGGAGCGGGAGAAGAGUAAUCUACAAACUGUUGAGGAGUGGGUGAAAGAGCUGGAGAAGAAGACGGCGGGAUUAUGAUCUACAUGUUGAUAGAAUAAAAUAUCUGGGAAGUUGAGC